UUUCUAACGAAUCGCCAAACGUACACAUGAGGAGGUAUCUCUUUGACAGGAGAUACUCCGUCAAGCGUUACUAAGAAUUUCAAUUGGCUAAGAAGCAGCAGUGAUUGCCAUGUAACGCAGUUCCUUGGAGUGUUAUUAGAGGAGUGUCAAUAGCGUCAAUUGGUUUCUUGGGAGAUCCAUUGUAAAAUUGGUCGGUAAUACGAUAACUCAGAAAUUAAUAAGGCCCUUACAAAAUAUCAGUCGAGUCAAUAUAACUAAAUCGUAACUCUCAAAAACGUCUAGAAAGUUGGUGCGGCGGAGUAUGCGCCUAAGGAAACAAAUAUCACGAGUUAAACAUUGGCGUGAAUAAAAACCGUAAAAUAACCAAAAAAGAAAAUCAAUAUAUUAACGGAAACUUCUGUUUGAAACACCCUUUACAUUUCCCAAGCAAAACUGAACAUUUCAAAAUAAACAACGCAAAAGUGCAGAUUCAGCAAUGUCAACUCUUGACCGCCGAAAAGGUUGACUUUCACCUUGCGCAUCGCUUGAGAAAAUUUGUAAACUCAGCAUUCUAUGGAACUGAGCGCUCUAUAAAACCAGUAAUUAUGCGCUCGCAGUAAUGUAUUCACCACCGAGCUGUGCGGGUGUAAAUUUCGCAAUGAAUAAAAUUAAUUUAUUAUUUAAAGCGUUUUUGUUGCUGGCCAUUUACUGUAGCGCCAGUUUAGCUGGACCCAACUUCAAAAAGGAGCGCGUAAAGUUACCAUCCUUUGUGAAGAUAUGUCGACGCAAUGAUCCAAACUUAGAUGUAUGCGCACGCAAGUCAUUGUUGGCUCUGAAAGAUUUUCUCGAUUAUGGCAUACCAGAGCUAUUCAUACCGCCCAUAACACCAUUGGUGGUGCCCGAAAUUAGAAUGGAUCAAGACUCAGGUGCAGUUUACCUGCACUCCAUCUUUAAGAAUAUCACCAUAAAUGGUUUGGAUGAUUUCACGCUCAACGAGCUGCAUAUUGAUCCAGAGAAAAUGAGAUUUACUUUGGGAAUGGGUGUGCCUAAAAUAGCCAUGGAUGCGAAAUAUGUAUUGAAAGGCAAAAUUAUGAUGAUGCCACUGAUGGGCGAGGGAGAUUUCAAAGCGAAUUUCACCGAUGUUGAGCUCAACACACUGAUUACGGCGGAACGCUACAAAAAGCAUGGUCGCGUAUUUGCCAAAGUGAAGGAUGUCAAGGUGGAGUACACGCUUGGCAAAACGGAAUUGCAUUUUAGCAAUCUCUUCAAUGGUGAUGAAGCGCUGGGCGAGCGUAUGAAUAUGUUUUUGAACGAGAACUGGGAUUCACUCUCGGAUGAGCUGCGUCCACUGAUGGAGCGUUCGAUUGCUGAGUUGGUACGCGCUUCGACGGUGAAGAUUUUCGAUACUUACAGUUUUGACGAUUUGUUGCCCGAAUGAAGUGUUGGAAGUUUGUUAUUCCUUCAAUCCCUUAAACAAAUAUUAAAAUUUAGCCCUUUUUUUUUAUAUAAAAACGUAAUUUUACUUGUACUAAUCUGCCUUCGUUAUACUUAUUUCCGGAAAAUUCGUUCCAACAAAUAGCGAGC